AAGUGGCCAUUUCUGUUCUUUAUUUGCAGAAGUGCCCCAGCUUCUCCUAAUCAUUCUGGAGUAUUGUCUGCUCAUUCGAGUGGUGUGCAAACCCCAGAAAGUCUGUCCAGGGAAGGGUCUCCUGUCCCAAUGGAACCUGAGCCAAGCAGUAUCCAGCCAAAAUUAGCAGUAAUACAAGAAGCACGAUUUGCACAGAGUGCCCCAGGAUCUCCUCUAUCUAGCCAGCCUGUUUUAAUUACUGUACAGAGGCAGCUGCCACAAACUAUGAAACCUGUCACAUACACUGUUGCAACUCCUGUGACAACAUCAACAUCCCAGCAGCCUGUAGUACAGACGGUUCAUGUUGUUCAUCAAAUCCCAGCUGUAUCUGUCACAAAUGUGACUGGAUUAGCACCAGCAAAUACUUACACUGUAGCUGGGCAAGCAGUGGUUACACAAGCUGCAGUGGUGGCCCAGCCUAAAGGAGAACCUCAAGAGAAUGGAGAUCACAAUGAAAUGAAAGUUAAAGUGGAACCUGUACCUGCAGUUAGCCAUACAACUCUAGGAGCUACCAGUCGGAUCAUUCAGACAUCUCAGACUACACCGUUACAAACGGUUACUCUAGUACAACAAACACCUCUAGGUCAACACCAGCUACCAAUAAAAACUGUAACGCAAAAUGGAACACACAUAGUACCCAUCACCACAGCAAUGCAGGGUCAGGCCAACACUGCUGCUGCAAGUCCAUUACACAUGUUAGCAACCCACGCGUCUGCAUCAGCCUCUCUUCCAACGAAGCGUCAGAACGGAGAUCAGUCUGAACAGCAAGAAUUGAAACGGAUCAAAACAGAGGAUGGGGAGAACAUAGUCAUAGCUGUGAAUGUUGAAACCCCACCUGUGGCAGUGAGUGAACAAAGCAACAAGAACUAAGAAUAUGGAGGAAUGUGUCCUUUAAAAACAAUGGUCCUUGGUGCCAAAAGGAGACAUUGAAACAUCUGAAUUCUUGAACAUGUUCUCUCGUGGCGGGGAAAGGGGCCCUGUGACUUCAACUUUCAGCACUGAGAAACACAGGUGGCCUUAGAACUCCUUAAUUUAAAAAAAACAAACAGAUGUCUAAAAGAUCCUAGUCCGGAGGCUGUGACCCCUCCCCCUUCCAUUUCUCCUUGCUGUUCUGAAGCGACUCUUUAUACUACACAUUGAGAGGAAAACGUUGGGGAAGAUAGCAACUUUAAAAACCUAUUUUAAAGAUUGAAUAUUGGAGUAUAUCACAGCAUGAUAAGUGCUUCACGUGAUUGGAUUUUAAAUGAUUGUAUAUUCCUCAAAGGGAACAGAGGCAAGGAGCCAUUUCCAACAUCUUGGCAGCUAGCCUUUCAUAACGACCUACCCAAUGCAGUUGUUGGUAGAUAUGCAGUAUUUUGUUGUUCACAUGUGGAAUUAGAAAUUUUCGACGUGUACUUUCAUUUUUUUUUCAAAAUAAUGGGGUCUUUGACAUUUCAGAUCACUCCAUUUCUACUCCAGAAACUUUGGAAUCACAUAAUACUUUUCAUGUGAAAUUUUGUUUGGUAAAACUGAAUGUAGGGUUUUUUAACCAAUGGAAUGAUUUAAUUUUGUCCUGUUAAAGUUCAGAUAAAGCUAAUUUGUUACAUCUGCAAAUUUUCAUAUUUUAGCAGUUGCCUGAUAAACUUAAUCAAAUUUUAUUACCUUGUGUAGUGAUCAAAUGCUUCUUUGGGCUUGCAUGUUACUGAUUAGAAAUACAGUGUAAAUGAGCCGUUAACUGACGUAAAGAACUGCUAUGAAUUUGACCAGAGCUGCACUUAUCUGUUUCUCUUUCUUGCUACCUUUUGCUGUUUGUUACUUUGUGUUGACUUUGUCCCUGGCAAAUUUUUCCAGUCUAAAGUAAAACGAGAGUCUUGCAUAAUAUUGUGUAUGUUUAAGAUGACAGACUGUUCUUCAUUUAGAAAAACAAAAAAUCUUUAUCACAUGUCCUUUUAAAAAGAUAAAAAUAUCUUGUCAGAGGUAUAUUGAAUAUUUUUAAGCUAAGCAUCCACCAAUAGAAAUAUAAUCUGAUGAGUUUAUCCUUAACUUUUGAUGUCCUACAGAGGCCUUCUGAGGUCCUCAUUAAAGGGUAGCUAUUGUGGUUUUCUAACAGUGGCUACUAUAGUAUAAUAAAUAGUUUUUUUUUUAAUGUGUUUGGCAGUUGGAACAGUUUAAAGGUUACUUCUCAGAGUUGUGAAAAUAGAAUUCAUGUUUUGUUACUGAACUAAACUAAAAGCUGAGACUGUUCUUUUGUCCAAUUCACAUAGUGUCUUGUCCCUUUCACAUAUUUAAAGUGAGUUAAAGGUGAAGACUGGGCUUUAACCUUUGAUUUGUCUUUUUUCUUUUUCCUUUUUGGGCUAUAUUAUUAUUUAUAUGUUUUAUCAUUUCAAGAAGAAUCUGUAUUUCGAUGAUGGACUGAAAUGGCUUGGAAUGGCUUACAUUUAGUCAGUUUUUGGAAAUGUUUUAUCAGAAGACCAAAUAUGAGAAACCUGUACCAAGUAUCAUGUUAUCCCACACGGUAGAGCUGCUGUUACACUGUCAAUGAAGAUAAUACAUAUUAAAAAGAUUAUGAAAAAUUGAUGUACACUAGCUGGAUUUAUAACAGCCACUAUAAGCUGGGUGAAGCAAAACAUUUUCUGUAUCUGCAGCAUUCUACUUUUUGUGCUGUGGUCAUCUAAUUCAGAAGUAAUGAUAUUGCAUUAUUAAUAAAACAUUUGGUUAUAAAACUACUAUUUCAUGAGUAUUAGGCAAAAAGCUGCAAGUUUUUGAAUAAAAAAAUCUGCUAAAAUGUUUAAGACAAUCAAAUGGUUCAGACCUGGAAAUUCUCUCAUACCACUGUAGUCUUUGUAGUUUAUGAACUAGGUAGACAAGUCAAAACAGAAUUUGUAAACUUUGUUCAACUUAUUGCUCUUACCUGUUGCUAACCUUCCUCUGCUUCCAUGGCCAUUUUAAACCUGAGCAAGAUAUUCCAGAAAUUGUUGCUUUUUCCUAUGUUAUUUCUUAGAAAUAUUGCUGCUUGUCAAGAAGAAGAAUUAUAGGGCAGAUUUACCAUCUCCUCUGGUGGAAAGGUCUUCUGCUAUGGCUACAGACUCUUUCUCUCUCUUCUCUCCCCACCCCUUUCCAAGCCCUCCAAAUCUGUUCCAGAAGUUUAGGAGAACCCAUGUUUCAGAUUUUGAGGGCACAUUGGGGAAUAUGUGAUAACUUUAUUCAGAGCAGGAGUCAAGCAGUGGACAUGAAUACAAUGCUAUGAUCUUCAAAUUACUUUUGUGAUGGAUGUUUGAGGUACUUGUCUUAGCUUUAUUUUUUAAAAUUUCCAUCUGCUUAGCAGACGGGGGGGAAAAACAACAACAGCCAUACUUAAAGUUGGGAACUUUUUCUGCAAAUAUUGCUGUUUUCUUACCAAGAUUUUAGCACUCAGGUUUCUAUAACCUAAGAGUUUGUAUGAAAAUAAACACUGGAUUGUGAUAAAUCUUAAACUAGUUUAAUGUUACAACUGUUUCAUUCAUGUUGCAUUGUAGGAUAAGUACACAUACAAAACAAGAACUAAGAUGUGCAAUUAUAAAAUGCAGGGCUAGUAAUAUUGUUUAUCUUCCACUGACAAUGAUGGGAAUUAUUGCUGUUUUUUUUUCCAGGAAACACAAAGAUUUAAAAUUAGGUAGUGAUACAGUAAAAAGUAUAUGUAAUUCUUAAAAGCUUGUACAAUAAUGAAAAAGUAGAAAACCUGAAAAUAAGAAUCAAGAACCAGUUGUGAGUUGAGGAUCCAGUUUGGAGCUGCCGCCACCAGAUAUUUAUGUAAGACAACAGAGUUUGGGGUUUUUGUGGGGGGUAAUCAUUCGAGAACAGGAAAAGGAGUAAUUGGGUCAAGCAGUUUAAGAACCACUGUAUUAUCGAUUGAUUGCACCAUGAAUUACUGAACUUGUUGCUUUCUGUUGAUUUCUAGAUGACCUAAACUUGAGGACAUUGCUAAUUAAGUUCAUUUUAAACGAUAGAGAUACCAAUUUUAGUUGUCUCUAAAUACUAGGACAAUUAGAUCUAAAGCUCCAAUUUCAUAGAUGAAGUAAUCUGAUCUUUUAUUGGUAGUGUGUCAGCAGUAGCUUAUUCAUCUGAAGAAACAGCAGGUGUAGCAUCAGCUAUUAGAUUUCUCGGUGAUGAUUUCAAAAAAAGCUAAGUAGUGUCAGACCUUGUACUUAGAUAUCAUUAAAAAAUCCCAGAAUUAUAGAUUCCACCGAGACAUCGAAAAACUUGGAAGGUGAUGGCAGACCACUUACUCUUGCCAAGAAAACAUUAACCUGGCUAUGCAGUCACCAAGAGCUGAAUUCAACUUCAGGGAGACUUUACUUUUUAACAGCUAUAUUUCAUGACAUGUACCCCCCCCCCCAAAUGCAAUACAAUUGCAUUGCUUAGCCCAUUUAGCAUAUACCUAUAGCAUGUGUGCUUUGGAAUAAUUCAUAUUGCUGAAUCCUCCUAUAACAGCCAGUUUGGCACCAGGCUAGAAACUGGGAGAACAUGAGUUCUGGUCCCACCUUAGGCAUGAAGCCAGCUGGGUGACUUUG